UCAACUUCAUGAUCAAUGAAAUACAAGCAAACAAUCAAUCAAAGAAACAUCAAACAUCACCGAGCAACCACUAACCAUCAAUUCCAUCCCAUCCCGUACCUCACCAUACCAUACCUCACCAUCUUCCAGCAAAUCCCAUAUCCCACAUCCCACAUCCCACCCCAGCAACAACAAAACCAAAAAAAAUGUCCCGUCUCCUCCUCCUCCGUCCCCGUCUCACAGCAUCCGCCCUAGGCCUCACAACAUACAGUUCCUACACACUCUACCAAUCGCAUCGUUUUCCUUCACGAUUAGAUUCCCUUUCUUCGCCCAUCUCUCGUUCUUCUACGCCGAUUGUUAAGAGAGGUGGGGGAUUGGAUCCUAAGUCUGUGAGGCAGAUUAGUAGUGGGAGUAUUAUUGGUAUGUUUUUUGUUUUGUGUUUGUUGUUUUUGAGCGUUUGGUGUUUGGUGUUUGGUGUUUUGAGGGUUGGGGGUUUCGGAUUUGAGAGGGGGGAAAGGAGAUUGGUUGGGGGUGAGAUGAGAUCGAUGGGAUGAGAUGAGAUGAGAUGGGGAAGAUACCUAGGUGGGGAGAAAGAAGGGAAUUGAAACGAUGAAGUGGAAAUCUUUUAUAUAAAGAAAUGAUGCUAACGCACAGUCAAACCACAGGAUUAGGAGCCGGACUGGCAGUUAGUACGUUUUCACGCUCAUUAGCCCUCAUAAUUGGAUUAAUGAUUGUUGGCCUACAAGUGCGUAUAUACUUUCUUACUCUUCGUGUAUUUCCUAGCUUUCAUAUUCUUUCCUCUAUUCCCAUCUCUCCAGCAUCUCUUUUCAUUCUCCCCAUUCCCCACCCCUACUUCCGCGACCCCUUCACCAACUUCCACACCCGCUCCCCAUUCCCCAUUCCCCAUCCCCAUCCUAACAACACCAAGCCAGCCCUAUCUAACAAACCCCCUCCAGUGGGCCUCCUCCCACGGCCUCGACCUCAUCCCCACAGACCGUAUCCAACGCUACAUCAAACACGUUGAUUUACGUUCUGCCAUCCAAGAAAACGUUGCUUUUAAGGUUUCGUUCGGGACGACUUUCGCUAUGGCGGCUUUUAUGCGUUUUUAGAUUUAAUAUCUCUAGGUUUCUACUUCUGGAGUGAGAUUCGAAGAAGUUAUUGUGAUUAGGAUGGGAGAUAAAAAAGAGGCGUGGAAAAGUAAGAUCCUAAAAUUAUAUUGGAAAGAAGAUUGUCUCUAUUUAAAAUUGAUGAAUGGGUACAAUUUUGUACAAUACAAAACCAUGUGGAAAAUGUAUAUUCGAUUGUGGAAUAAUU